AUGGCAUCUCCCAGCCAAGCGCAAGGCUCCGCGCCUCCAACACAACCAGUCUCACCCCCGGCGGACUCCGCAACAAAUGGAGUCUCCGCACCCACCGCGACCCAAACCCAGGUCAACGUCCCAUCAGGACCCCCUACAACUUCAACAAACCCCCAACCCCCACAAGUGCCAGGUACAUCCGCCCAAGACAGCGGCAAAUCACGACGUCCCCGCGACGUACGACUAGUGCACAUGCUCCUUGCCUCACUAGGCGUAACCUCCUACCAAGACCGCGUCCCCCUCCAACUCCUCGACUUCGCAUACCGCUACACAGCCAAUGUCCUCCAAGACUCCGUACACCUCGCGACAGAAGGCUACGCGGCUGCAACGGAUGGCAGCUCCGGUGCAAAGGGUAGCUCGGAAGUGAACAGCGUUUCCCUGCCGGCAUUGCGGCUGAGCAUUGCGUCGCGCCUGCAUUUCCAAUUCCAGACCGGACUGCCGAAGGAAUUUCUUAUGGAUGUCGCGUCUGAACGGAACCGGAUUGCUUUGCCUGGUGUUUCAAGGGGGUUUGAUCCUGCUGUUGGGCCUGCGAAUGGGGCUACUGGUACUGCGAACCAGAGUAUUAUGAUGGGUGGUAUGCGCUUGCCUCCUGAGCGCUUCUGUCUUACUGGUAUGGGAUGGAAUAUGAAGGAUGAGUGGGAUAGUGAGGGCGAGGAAGAGGAGAUGCCUGAUGCUGCGCAGCAGGGGCCUGGGAAAGGUAUUGGUGGUGGUGAUGGGGCUGAGGAUGGUGAAGAUGGCGGCGAGGAUGAAGAAGAUGAUGGGAAGAUGGAGGAUAUCUUCGGCGAGGAUACGGCCAUGGGCGAGGCGGAUGACGAGGAUCGCAAGAUGACUGAUGUUUAA